CCUUCAUCGCCGGUUCCUGGUAGUGCCGGCAGUCGACGCUCCUCAGACACCGACGAUCGAGCCAGCCCCGGUGGCGGAGGUAUCGCUGCCGGAUGUCUCGCUGCCGGUUCUUCCGUUUCCAGCGGCGGCGGCAGAGCCGGCGGAUCUACGGGAAGUUGCGUCAGCGGUGGUGCCAUUGGCUCCGGCGGCGGCUGUGGCGGCGCCCUCCACGGUGGUGGACAUCGAGGGGCAAGCGGAAGCCAUGGCAACUCUGACUAUGCGGGCACGACAUCGGGACCAACGGGGACCAUGGCUUCUGGACACAGAUCACAAAACAACGGAACAGGCCAGCACGGCAAUCAUGUCAACAGCCUGAGCAAUCAGGAUCUGAACAAUGAGACCGGUAAGUCUGGGCAGAUGCGUACCUUGCUCAAGACUAACUUGGACUUAAUACACGAACAUACAUAUUGUUUCCUCUUCCCUUAUGUACAAAUCUAA